UAAAUUUCGCAUUUAAUAUAUAGACGAUGAUUCGGAUACAAUCAUUUGCGACAAAGUUCAAUCAACUGUCAAGUCGCACAUAUUUUGACAGGUUUUUUUACUAUAACCACAAUUCAACAAUUGUAUUGUGUCACGAAUAAAACUGUUGCGUAUGAAUUUACCUUUACCGAAAAAGAAAAAACAAACAAAUUGCCAAAGUAACAGUACCACCGGAAAGAUAUGGGGUCUUUGCUCUCAAAAACCCAAAGAUCCGGCCCGAUCGAGUACAGAAAUUAUCCUCCAGGCUGCGUGGUGUGUCCCGAGGGCGUCACGCCCGGUAAUCCCGGCCUGUUCGAGGCCGUUCACAGCAAGCUCGACGAGCUCAAGCCGAACACCUUCGACGGGAUCCGGCUCAGGAUCAACAAGUCUCUGAGCAAUCACUUCUCGGUCAAUCACACGAUCAGCAUGCGGCCCGAGCCGUGCUCCCUGAAGAGCUUCAUCGAGGACGAGGAGGACGGCUACAAGUUCGCCGCGUCUUACCUGGGCACGAAGCGAGUGAAUCGCGAGCGCUACCCGAUGCUCUACGGCGACAUAACUCCGCGCGGCACGCUCAGGGCGAACUUCGUGCACACGCUGGGCUGCCGAUUUCGGGUCAAGCUGUCCACGCAGGUGACGAGAAACAACAAGUACAGAGAUCUCAAGGCCACCGCGGAGUAUCGCGCCAACGACGCCACUCUGUCGGCCACCCUGGUGGAUCCGUGCCUGCUGAGGCGCGAGGGCGUGCUGUUGCUGCAGUACCUGCAGGCCGUCACGUCGAGGAUCGCCCUCGGCGCCGAAAUCGCCUACAACAGGAACUCGAACGUCGCCGGGGCGCAGCAGACCAACAUAGCCGGCGCGCUCAGGUACAGCACGGGCUUCUUGACGAUCUCGGCGACGCUGGGUGAGGCCGGGGCGCGGCUCUGCUUCCAUCAGAUCGCCGGUCCGCAGCUGCUGCUCGGCUCCGAGCUCAAGGUCAAUUUCGUGAAGCCCGAGGCCAAGGGCACGGUGUUCUACAAGGUCGUGCUGCCGCGCGCCGACCUCGUGUUCCGGGCGUUCGUCGACAGCGACUGGAAGAUCGGCGCCGUCUUCGAGAAACAGCUCCAACCCAUCGCCGAGUCAACUCUGCUGCUGUGCGCCGUCUUGGAUCACGGCAAAAAAGACAUGAGCAUCGGCAUCGGACUGAAUAUCGGUUAAAAGAAUGUCAACCCAGAGAGUGU